GCCGCACCGCAUGACGUCACCGUGGGUGGCGCGUGAUGGCGGAUGUCAACGAGAUCGACACGAUGAAACACUUUCAGGGAGGUUUCGAGAAAGUCGACAAAGAAAUGAGUCGCUAUCCCUACUGUAUCGUGUGGACACCGAUCCCGGUACUGACGUGGUUUUUGCCAUUCAUUGGACACAUGGGCAUCUGCACCUCUACGGGGGUCAUCAGAGAUUUCGCAGGGCCAUACUUUGUAUCAGAGGACAACAUGGCCUUUGGAAAACCAACAAAAUACUGGAGGCUGGAUAAGAAUCGGGUGUACAGUGGAGGGGUUAAUGGCUGGGAUGUAGCUGUGCAUGAGGCGUCUGAGGAAUAUAAAUCUAGAAUGCACAAUCUGUGUUGUGAUAACUGUCACUCACAUGUAGCCAUGGCUCUGAAUCUCAUGUGCUAUGACAACAGCUCUUCAUGGAAUAUGGUCAAUCUCUGUUUACUGUCCUUCAUUUACAGUAAACAUGUCAGUUUCGUGGGGUUCCUGAAGACCUGGCUGCCGUUCCUGAUGAUCUGUGGGGUCAUGGUGACGAUCUCUCUCGCCGUUCACCUGCGAUGACUCACAUGACAGCUGACACCAGCGUCAGACAUGAACUGAAACAUUGAGCAGCAGCCGUACGGCCGUCUGACAGUCACAGAGAAUCCGAUCUGUACUCUGUUCUAUCACACAGACUGAGCUGAGAACACACGCAGACUGUCAGUACCGUGAUAAAUGAGUGGAUUACAGGGUUGUUUUCAUCUCUGCUUAGAUAAACCUCUUCAUGUCAUGUAAUCAUAUCACAUGAACUUUUUUUGCUGAGAAACAGAUUUGUUGUGUGUUUCUAGAACGCUCACAGACAGAUCGGUUUGCUUUUAAUACGCUCAGUUAUUUUUUUAUGUUUGUAAUGUUCAUUUAUAAUAUACGAUUAAAGUCCCCAUGCACCGGAAGUUGCGAUCAUUUUUACUUCCGUAUUUUGACGCAUUUCCAGUGAAAUGGAAUUUUAAAUGAGAAAAAUAGUGGGCGUGGCUUUAGUCUUCUCUGCGAUUUGAUCGGAUGUGUAAAAACAGCCGUUGCAUUUUUAAAUGGCACUGGCAGCAGACUGACAGUUGAAGGGGAGGAGUUAACGGAUGCUCCGCCCAAGCCGUCUAACAUACGUCAUUUAAGAGGGAUAGUCAUAACAGGAAGGAAGUGCGUUUUCAGAUUUGAACUGAAGAUUAUGAGGGCAAACGAUUUUUAAAAAGAGAACGAGCCACACAUUGAUAAACUAUUGACAAUAAACG